AUGGAAAAAGCGAUCAAUUCAAUCGGUCCUAGUCAACCCUCUAUCAAGAAGACGAAUAAAACAACAUUUAACAAGGAUAUUUCCAAAAUUGAUAGGCUGGUUAAACUGUAUAAGCAAUUGAGAUUGGCAAUAACGAAACUGGAGAAACGUGAAGUAUCUUUUGGUGAAGAUUACGAUGAACAAUUUGAAGAAGCUUGCAACAGACGUCUGCUAAAACUUACACAGAAGCAUUUACGUAUACAUAAGUAUUUGGUUCGGAAAGGGAUUUUUGUGAAUGACACAGGCGAAACCAUCUUUCCGGAUGUGAAGCCAAAGCUAAUGAUAACUUCAACAGGUGUUGAAGAUCUGAACAUACUUUUGACUGAAUAUGUUAAUCAAGAAACUGACUCUGAAGUUUUGGGCUGUAAAGUACGAAUACCUUACAAACAUGUUACUGUGAACGACGUGAAGAUGCUGGUAGAGAAAUUAAAGGAAACGAACAAUCAACUUUUUCGAGAUGAUCCUUUGGAAUUCGAUCAGUUGAUUCAGAAUAUUGCAUGCGAAGUAAAUAAAUUGGUGAAGCGGUUCAUUGAAGAUAAUCACCGGAUGGGUCUUGCCGAUUGGGUGGUUUCAGAUCAAGCAAGUGAAUGUGGAAAUCUCCCUUCUACGUCAGCUGAUGUAGAUGCUAUAGAAGAUAGAGAACAUUCGUUGAACGUUCCAACUUGGGAUAUUGCUAAUAUAGAAUUGCAUGAGGCAUGUGGUCGAGGCGAACUGGACUGUCCGGAACCUGAAAGCAGUGGCGAUAUAGAUGAUACUGAAAUGUCGCCGACCGCUGAUGAGGAGGAAGACGGAGAGGAAUGCGAGGAUGACACUCAAAAUAGUGCUAAUGAAGAUAUGGAGAAUAAAAAUAACAAGUCUGAUGACAGUUGCUGCAUUGUUGAAGAACGAGUACAUGGAAAGGGCGAGAGAAGUGACGACAGUGAUUGCUGCAUAAUAGAAGGUGACGAAAAGGCGAUUUUAGAAAGUUUUAUUAACGAAGAUAUCGAAAACAAAGAUGCACAUUCAGUGAAUGAUGCAGAUCUUUCGGAAAAUGGAAAGGAGCAUACGGAAUUGGAUGGAAUAGUUAAUGAUGAUGACGAUUGUUGUAUUAUCGAGGACUAA